CAGGCGACGAUGGCGUCGAGCUCAAGAGGUUAGGCUUCGGCGGAAAGAAGGGGUUUCAGCGGGGUAGGGGCUGAGGGUGAGGCGGUGGAGAUAGGAGGAGAUGGUCUCGAAGGCCAGACGAGUUAAGGUCGGUUGGAGAUCGACGAGGUACAAGGUCCGGUGCGAGACUAGCAGCCACGGUGGGAGAAGGAUUCUGAUGUAUGCAUUUUUUUUUUCUUGUGUUUGUUAUUUUUUUAAGGUUUCCAAUUCUGGGUUUGAGGAGGAGAAGGAGCAAUUCUGGAUUUGGUUAGUUUGGAUGGGUUGUAAUUGCUGGGUUAGCGAAGCUUUUUUGGGUUUGUGAAACUUUUAUGGGAUUGUGA